AUGAUGAAGGUAAGCGUAGAUGCAAGGCACCAAUAUUUGGAAUAUCUUGGGGAGGCGUUGAGCGAUCUGCCGGGCCGUCGGGGAGCAAGCGGGAGGCCAGGCCUUUGCCACGGGCCGUCGGGGGCAAGCCCAGGAGGCAGGCGCGCCACGGGCCGUCGGGGCAAGCGGGAGGCCCAGGCCUUGCCACGGGCCUGUCGGGGGCAACAGCGGGAGGCCCAGGCCUUUGCCACGGGCCGUCGGGGGCAAGCGGGAGGCAGGCAGCGCCACGGGCCGUCGGGGCAAGCCCAGGAGGCAGGCAGCGCCACGGGCUGUCGGGAACAGCGGGAGGGCCAGGCCUUUGCCACGGGCCGUCGGGGGCAAGCUGGGAGGCAGGCGCACUGCGGGCCAAUCGAAGGAGCAAGCCCCAGGAGGCAGGCACUUGCCACGGGCCGUCGGGGGCAGCGGGAGGCAGGCACUGCCACGGGCCGUCGGGGGCAAGCCCGGGAGGCAGGCAGCGCCACGGGCCGUCGGGGGCAAGCCCCGGGAGGCAGGCACUGCCACGGGCCAAUCGAGAGCAAGCGGGAGGCAGGCGCUGCCACGGGCCGUCGGGGGCAGCGGGAGGCCCGGAGCAGCGCCACGGGCCGUCGGGGCAAGCGGGAGGCAGGCACUGCCACGGGCCGUCGGGGAGCAAGCGGGAGGCCAGGCCUUGCCACGGGCCGUCGGGGGCAAGCCCAGGAGGCAGGCACUGCCACGGGCCAAUCGGGGGAGCAAGCUGGGAGGCCUUUGGGCAACUGCCACGGGCCGUCGAGGGCAAGCGGGAGGCAGGCCUUUGCCACGGGCCGUCGGGAACAGCGGGAGGCAGGCACUGCCCGUCGGGGGCAAGCCCAGGAGGCAGGCCUUUGCCACGGGCCGUCGGGGGCAAGCGGGAGGCAGAGCCUUUGCCGCAGGCAAUCGGGGAACAGCGGGAGGCAGGCACUGCCACGGGCCGUCGGGGGCAAGCGGGAGGCAGGCACUGCCACGGGCCGUCGGGGCAAGCCCGGGAGGCAGGCAGCGCCACGGGCCGUCGGGGCAAGCCCAGGGAGGCAGGCCUUUGCCACGGGCCGUCGAGGGGCAGCGGGAGGCCAGGCAACGCCACGGGCCGUCGGGGGCAAGCCCAGGAGGCAGGCAGCGCCACGGGCCGUCGGGGGCAAGCGGGAGGCAGGGCCUUGCCACGGGCCCGUCGGGGCAGCCCCAGGAGGCAGGAGCGCGCCACGGGCCGUCGGGGCAAGCGGGAGGCAGCAGGCCUUUGCCACGGGCCCGUCGGGAACAAGCCCAGGAGGCAGGCCUUUGCCACGGGCCGUCGGGAGCAAGCCCGGGAGGCAGCGGGCAGCGCCACGGGCCGUCGGGGGCAAGCCCAGGAGGCAGGCAGCCGCCACGGGCCGUCGGGGGCAAGCGGGAGGCAGGCCUUUGCCACGCGGGCCGUCGGGGAGCAAGCCCAGGAGGCAGGCAGCGCCACGGGCCCGUCGGGGGGCAAGCGGGAGGCAGCGGGCCUUUGCCACGGGCCGUCGGGGAGCAAGCCCAGGAGGCAGGCGCGCCCGCCACGGGCCGUCGGGGGCAGCCCAGGAGGCAGGCACUGCCACGGGCCGUCGGGGGCAAGCGGGAGGCAGGCAGCGCCACGGGCCGUCGGGGGCAAGCGGGAGGCAGGCCUUGCAGCCACGGGCUGUCGAGAGGGCAGCCCCAGGAGGCAGGCCUUUGCCACGGGCCGUCGAGAGGAGGCAGGAGCCCGGAGGCAGCUGCCACGGGCCGUCGGGAGCAAGCGGGAGGCAGGCAACUGCCACGUCGAGGCAGCCCCGGAAGGGCCUUUGCCAGGAGGCAGGCCUUUGCCACGGGCCAAUCGAGGAGCAAGUGGGAGGCAGGCCAGCGCCACGGGCUGUCGGGGAGCAAGCGGGAGGCAGGCACGCCGCGGGCUCGUCGGGGGCAAGCCCGGGAGGCAGCGGGCAUCCUUUGCCACGGGCACAUUUUGGACUUAGGAAAGGGAUGGUGCGGGCGCUUGACCUUUAA